UAUGGAAGCGCGGAAGAAGUGCCAAGGUUGGACAUCAAGUGCGGUUCUGGACUGUGUACAACGAGGAGUGUUGUCGUGGCUGAUGUACAAAACAUGGUUCGACUGAAGAACUCAGUAGUGGUACCCCUUCAGUAGACUAGCUGGUACAAGAUGAGCUGAAGAGUGUCCAGUUCCUAUCGUGGCAUCAUGAAUGACAAGCUGGUAUUUCUGGGCCUCCUCUACUUCGUCCAGGGCAUUCCAUAUGGUCUGCAGUCAUCCCUGCUGCCGGUCUACCUGCGUGGGGCUGGUCACUCGCUCACUCGCAUCAGCCUGACCAAAGCCCUCUACUUCCCCUGGGUCCUAAAGGUCCUCUGGGCACCGCUGGUGGACAGAGCAGGCACCAAACGCCGAUGGCUGGUUGGAACGGUUACAGGCUUGGCGAUGACGUGCCUGGCCAGUGCGUCUUUGUCCCCGGACGUGCAGUUCCUGGGUGUGGCAGGGGCCCUGCUGGCCAUGAACGUGCUGGCAUCCGUGCAGGACAUUGCUGCAGACGGGGCCGCCGUCCGGCUGCUGAGGGGACAGGGUGAGCUGGGUCUGGGCAACACUGUGCAGGUGGUGGGCUACAAGGCCGGCUCGGUGUUUGCUGGCGGCGGGCUGCUCGCCGUGAUCGAUGUGGCCGGCUGGGGCUGGAUGUUCACACUGCUGGCCUGCGUUUAUGGAGGAGUGGCGCUGUUCGUGUGGGGGGCGCCCAUCCUGGACGGGGAGCUGUCCAAGCCCGCCGGGGAGGGCAGGAGGGCCUCCAAAGACGCCCUGCGGCCCUGGAAAGUGUGGAGGAAGCUGAUGUCUGUGCCAGGGACACCGUGGACUGUUCUCUAUGUCCUCACCUACAAGCUAGGUGAGCAGGGUGCUAUGAGCAUGUUCCCCCUCUUUCUGCUGGACCAUCACAUGACAUCCCGUGAGCUGGGCUUCUGGAACGGCAUCAUCGCCAUGGGGUUCUCCAUCGCCGGCUCCUCCAUCGCAGGCCUCCUGCUCUCACAGCACAGCAUCGGGCUGCUAAUGAGGCGCGUGUUUGUGAUGAGGACGGUGGGCAUGGUCUUCCAGAGCUCCCUGCUGACCAUAUUGGAGCCAUCGCCACUUAUGAAAGGCAUGUCGGUGUUGAGUAUGAGUGCACAGCAUUUCCUGGGGGGCCUAAUCACCACCCUCACCUUCACCGUCAUGAUGCACUGCACUCAGCGCGCCGAGGAGAGCAUCCAGGCCACCCAUUACAGUUUCCUGGCCACGCUAGAGGUGCUGGGGAAGUUGAGCUUCAGUGCGCUCGCUGGAGGGUUGGUGGACUCGGUGGGGUUCGCUAUCGCCUACCUGCUCUUCUUCACACUGUCCGCCAUCUCGGCCCUUCAUGUGUGGAAGGCCACGCUCACCGGACCUCUCAAGGAGCAAAUGAACACCACCAGCCACACUGACAAGUGAAAAAGACACAACUAUACUUGGUGUGUGUGUGUGUGUGUGUGUGUGUGUGUAUGUGUAUGUAUGCUUGGUUGUGUGUGUGUGUGUGUGUGUGUAUGCUUGGUUGUGUGUGUGUGUGUGUGUGUGUAUGCUUGAUUUCGUGUGUGUGUGUGCUCAUGGAGGUGUAUGUGGUUGGUUGUACGUGCUUUGUGUGUUUUGAAGGGGCUUGCGUUUCAAAACAAAAACAGCCAGCGCAGCCUUCUGAAAACACAGUAUUCCGCAAUUGCAGUUAACCAGCAUUUAGCCACAGAAGCACCUCAGGAAGUACAUUUCUGAGAAAAGGAAAAAAGAACCAAAAUCAAUCAGUCGAUUUGCAUCUGCUCUGUUGGUCACGACCUGACAAACUCAAGGCAAUGCUUACCUAUGACCUCCUACUACCUCGCAGUAGUGCUUCAUCUCACAGUUAGAGCAGCUAAGCUGCAUGAGCGGUAGGUUGGCUUGUAUACCAACAUCUAAUGAAAUAUUAAAGCCGUGCAAUAUAACCUAAGGUAACGCUAUCUGUCAAGCGGACCAUGAAGGUGCUAGGAGACUCGUAGAGUUUGCUCUCAAAAGCAAAUAGCCCUUCUGCAAUGUAACUACAGGUCUACAAAGCAUGAUGUAUACUUCAGUAUAUCCAGAUCCUUGUGUCACAGUGGGUAGUUCACUGUUAUCAAAAGGACACACAUUAUC